UUUCCAGCGCCUACUUUCGAACAAACCGUUACACCUGAGGUGUUACUCCAGAGUUACGCGCACGAUUUUUCAUUGUUAUUGAUAAAGCAAAUUCAACAAGAGAUUUGAAAAAUUACAUUCGACUCAAACUCCUCCCAGGUGCAAAACCUGUACACGGCUAUGCGCAGGGCACUCCAGAAAUCGUUUAACAGUUCAACAGAGACACCCAGGUAGAGCACAACUGUCAGCUCCAUCCACCCAACAGUACCAGCAGCAGGUGGACCUUAGACGGAAGACCAUCGAAUCACAGCAUUUUUCCUCAUCACGCCAAAUUCCGGCAACCCCUCCCGGGAACAACGAACUCCACAGCAGCCUCGCUAUCAGCGCAGUGCUUCGAGUGGUACUUUACCGCCUUUUUGGCGAUCCGAGCACAAGUGCAAAUAGAGAAGCUCGCAGAAAAACAAAAACUGUACAUCUACCCGCGUGAUCGCGCCUGAAUUCGAUGACGAUCGUUCAAUUGCUCGGCAAUUAUCCAAUUUCCGAGCAGCCUCGUGCAGCUUCGAAUUUUUUGGCAGUUUCGCGCUUUUCGUUCUGCGAUCCACCCGGCCGCGCCGUUGUCAAACGCGAACCGUUCGUCAGUGUGCAGGUGCCAUGGAAGUCCGUUCUGCUGGCGUCGUCGUCGUCGUGCUGCUGCUGGUGGCGUUGACGCCGAUGGCACUGGUGACGGUGGGUGCAUUCAACUCCCGGCUUAACGAGCUGGACGCGAUCGACGACUUCGAUAUCAUUCCUGCGUCCACCAAGCUGACGCCGCAGAACUUCCGCCAGCAGAUCCGUUCCGCCCAGUACUAUCUGGUGCUGUUCUACGCGCCAUGGAGCGAAUACUGUCAGCAACUGCUGCCCCACUGGAUUCAGCUGGCCGAUCUGGUGAGCGAUCGUUUACAUCGGAUGGUGCAGGUAGGACACGUGGACUGUAUUGGCGAGGAGGCCUUCUGCAGUCGGAUGAACGUUGGCGAUUAUCCUACGGUACGGGCCUACUCGCGGGGUCCUCCGGUGCGCUACGAAGUGAUACCACCGUACGAGCUAGGGGACACGAUCGAGUAUCUGCAGGAGUACGUGUUCACAUCUACGAAAGAUCAGCGGCACGGUUGAAACUGUUUUAGUGUUUUUUUUCGGUUGUUGUUAGAGGUGCGUUUUGUGUGCUUUUGAAAAGUUGUUGUUUCACACUUGGAAGUUGCAGUUAUUGUUAUUGUUUUAAAAACGGGGGCUAAAU